UAUCUUCACCAUGCAGGAAGGAUAUGAUGUUCACAGUUUAACCCACGAGAUCAAGGAGAUACCACGAGCCACCAAGAUGGAGAGGCGAUGGACCAGCGUCGGAUGGCCGAAGGACGGGGGAUUUUGGGUUGCUGAGUAUGACACGCCGAUGAGAGGGCCGCGGGAGAAGAUCCUUGUGCCAAAUGAUGCCAACAGAGUUCUGUUAGCAAGAUCUAUGGAGGAGAAGUGCGACAUCCUCAAGAGUAUGGGUGCUAAGUUCUAUGCAACCUUGGAUGAAUAUGACGGAGUUUCGUGUCUGAAUGCGUGGGAGACUAAGACAGAGGGCGAGUUCGGGCCGUUUGUCAAGACACAAUAUGAGGAGGACGAGGCAUAGUGGCUGCAACAAUACGAAGUUUGCCUUUUUCAAUUGCUUGCGUUAUCAAUGCUACCGGCAGGCUACUGAAUAACUGAUUCCUUGGGGACAUCCGUACACCAUGACAUCAUAUCUGGCAGCUGGGUCCAACCAGUCGGGGC